GAGAGGGAAAAAGGCUCUUCAGGCUUUUCCACAACUCCCGGGCAUUGCGGCGCUGGGAGCAGCUCCAGGGAUCAAACAGGGAUAAGGCCAGGGCGUGAUGGAGCUGCGGCGCGGGAGGAGGAUGCCGAGGGACCAGCUCCCCGCUCGCCUCCUCCUCCUCCUCGCCGUGGCCUGGCUCUGGCUGCCGGUGGAGGGGCGGCGGUCCCCCCGGCCUCCCCCUUGUCCCCCGAGCUGCUCUUGCACCCGGGACACGGCUUUUUGCGUGGACUCCAAGGCUGUGCCCAAGAACCUGCCCCCCGAGGUCAUCUCGCUGACCAUGGUGAACGCGGCCUUCACGGAGAUCCGGGAGGCGGCUUUUGCCCACAUCCCCUCCCUGCAGUUCCUCCUCCUCAACUCCAACAAGUUCACGCUGAUCGGGGACAACGCCUUCGCCGGGCUCUCGCACCUGCAGUACCUGUUCAUUGAGAACAACGACAUCCAGGCGCUUUCCAAGGCCACUUUCCGUGGGCUCAAGUCCCUGACGCACCUGUCCUUGGCCAACAACAACUUGCAGACGCUACCACGGGAUCUCUUCAAGCCGCUGGACAUCCUGAGUGACUUGGACCUCCGUGGCAACACGCUGGCCUGUGACUGCAAGAUCAAGUGGCUGGUGGAGUGGCUGGAGAGCACCAACACCACGGUCCCCGCCGUGUUCUGCAGCAGCCCCGGGCAGUUUGAGGGACAGCGGAUCCGGGACCUGGCUCUCGGUGACUUCCAGUGCAUCACCACGGAUUUCGUGAUGCACCAAGUUCUGCCCUUCCAGGCAGUUUCGGCUGAGCCCUUCACCUACGCCAGUGACCUCUACGUGGCCCUGGCACAGCCCAGUGCCAGCAGCUGCUCCAUCCUCAAGUGGGACUACGUGGAGCGCAAACUCCGUGACUUCGACCGCAUCCCCGCUCACUCGGCGGUGCACUGCAAGCCCAUCGUGGCGCAGGACCAGCUCUACGUGGUGGUGGCUCAGCUCUUUGGCGGCUCCUACAUUUACCGCUGGGACACGGCCGUGGACAAGUUCAUCAAGAUCCAGGACAUCGACAGCCAGAAGAUCCGCAAGCCCAACGACAUCGAGGCCUUCCAGAUCGAGGGCGACUGGUACUUCGUCAUCGCCGACAGCUCCAAGGCGGGCUCCACCAGCCUCUACCGCCUCAACCAGAACGGGUUUUACUCCCACCAAGCCCUCCACGCCUGGCACCGCGACACCGACGUGGAAUACGUGGAGAACGACGGGAAACCCCGGCUGAUCAUCUCCAGCAGCUCCCAGGCCCCCGUCAUCUACCAGUGGAGCCGGGCACAGAAGCAAUUCGUGCCGCAGGGCGAGGUGGGCGAGAUGCUGGACGUGCAGAUGGUCAAGCACUUCAGGGCCAAGCGGGACCAGUUCCUGUGCCUCAGCCGCUACAUCGGCGACUCCAAGGUGGUGCGCUGGGAAGGGCAGCGCUUCGUGGAGGUGCAGACGCUGCCGUCGCGCGGCUCCAUGGUGAUGCAGCCCUUUGCCGUGGGGCAGCGGCAGUACCUGGCGCUGGGCAGCGACUUCUCCUUCACCCACGUGUACCUGUGGGAAGAGGAGAAGCAGAAGUUCGCCAAGUUCCAGGAGCUGUCGGUGCAGGCGCCGCGGGCGUUCCGGGCGGUGCCGGCGGCCGACGUGCAGCUGCUGCUGGCGCCGAGCUUCAAGGCCAACACGCUGGUGUACCGGCACGUGGUGGUGGACCUCAGCCUGUAG